UCUUCGGCUUCUCCUCAGCGGGCUUGUGUAUCCCGCCCAGAACGUACUCCAGGCGGUCCAGCCUCGACUCCAGCAAGGCAAAGGUGAACAGUACGGCCUCCUCGUAUUCGUCCAUGGCGCGGUCAGAAGAUGUGUUGUGUUAUGCCGUGACUUGCCCACCAGACGCGGGCGCGUGCCUGCAAUCUCUAGCGCGGCUCUUCGGCUUCGGCACGGGCUUGGCGAUGCUAUCUGCCAACGUCAGCGCUCGACCUCAGCAGUCUUCACCUGCCGCUGUUCUGCAUCUUCGCCUGCUACUGAGCGUAUUGCUCUCCCUAUUCACCGAUCGCACCGUAUCGAACGCUCCGCUUCCUGACGCAUGGUUGCGCGAUUACCAGGACCCCGUAGUUCUUCCCGACAGCAUGGCUGGCUAUUCCGCCAUCGGGCCUGAGCCGAAUGAUACCGAUCCCAUGUCCUCGAGUACCGGUUCGCUGAGAGGGAGGAGGCGCGGCAGAGGCAAAAAGGACGUGGGAUUUUUAGGCCAGGCAUCCUGGAUAUCGAGCGUUAUCAACUUGGUCAAUACCAUCCUUGGCGCGGGCUUGCUCGCCAUGCCCUCUGCGCUCUCAAAGAUGGGCAUCUUCCUCGGCAUCUUCGUGAUCGCGUGGGCCGGCAUCACCUCUGGCUUCGGCCUCUACCUCCAGACCCGAUGUGCAAAAUAUGUCGAUCGCGGGCACGUAUCCUUCAAUGCGCUAUCGCAACUUACGUACCCGAACCUGUCCAUCAUCUUCGACGCCGCCAUCGCGAUCAAGUGCUUCGGUGUAGCCGUGAGCUACCUGAUCAUCAUCGGGGAUCUGAUGCCUGGAGUUGUCCGCGGGUUUGCGCCUGGAAUCGACAUCUCAUUCCUGCUUGACCGGCAGUUCUGGAUUACUGCCUUCAUGCUUAUCGUUAUCCCUCUGUCGUUUCUUCGACGUUUGGAUUCUCUAAAGUACACGAGCGUCAUUGCUCUGUGCUCUAUUGCGUAUCUCGUUAUUCUCGUCGUAGCCCACUACAUCAAGGGCGACACUCUCGCUGACCGCGGAGACGUCCGAGUCUUCCAAUGGGCUGGCCCUGUUCCGGUCCUGGCUGCUUUCCCCGUCAUUGUAUUCGCAUACACAUGCCAUCAGAACAUGUUCUCCAUCCUCAACGAAAUCGCCGACAACUCGCACUUCCGCACCACCUCCGUAAUCUUCGCCUCCAUCGGCGGAGCCUGCGCCCUCUAUAUUCUCACCGGCAUCACCGGCUACCUCUCCUACGGCGACAACAUCAAAGGCAACAUCGUCUCCAUGUACCCCACGGCCGCAGCCUCCACCAUCGGGCGCCUCGCCAUCGUCAUCCUCGUCAUGUUUUCCUACCCCUUACAAAUCCACCCCUGCCGCGCGAGCAUCGAUGCAUGCCUGAAAUGGCGACCCCGCCGCAAGACGCAGACCGAAGCUAGUCCGUCGAGGAAUACCUUGCUGACCAAUUCGCCUAAGCAGAGUGUAAAGACUGAAAUGGGGGAUGUGCGCUUCGCAAUCAUCUCCACCAUCCUCAUCGUCCUCUCCUUCAUAACCGCUAUGACUGUCUCGUCGCUGGAGAAAGUCCUCGCGUACGUCGGCUCCACGGGCUCCACUACCAUCUCAUUCAUCCUGCCCGGCCUUUUCUACUACAAGAUCUCCGACCCAGAUUCCGCGCACCACCAGCGGCUUGUUAAAGAUGAGGACGACGAGGAUGAGUUUGACAGCGCAGAUGCGGAGGGCUAUGUCAUGAGCGACGCGCACAAGAAUCGGAAUUGGAGGAGGGGAUUAUUGCGGACGCUGAGUUUGAGUUUGGCGGUCUAUGGGGUUAUUGUUAUGGUUACUUGUUUGGUUACGAAUACCUUUUUGGUGGCGGCAGCGCAUUAAGAAGCGGGUAUUGUAUCAUCCCUUUGGGUUGUGAUUUCAGGAGCAUAUCGCGGCAUUUACGGGCGUUGUUUUGUAUGUGGCGUUGGCUGGUCUAGAUGGGAGCGUUGGUAGAUACCUCCCUGGGGUUCGCCUUUUUGAUUGAUACUUUGGUUUUGUUACAACAUUUACAUGUCCUAAGCAAAAGGACUAUGAUACUAUUCUACAGUUC